CCCACAAUGCGCCGGGCUCAGUGCAGUGGGAGGGAGGAAGGAAUUUGAGCUGACGGUCGUCGGGAUGCUGAUGGCGGCUCAGUCCCUGCUGUUCUCACCGAAAAACUCACACCUGUAACCGAACCCGCACCGGGGCCACCGCGCCAUGGACUCGCUCAGCCUCUUCCUCUGGAUUUUAGUAGUGGUCACCAUCGUCUCUCGCUCGCAUGCAGACCGGAACGUUUACCCUUCAGCUGGAGUGCUGUUUGUCCAUGUCCUGGAGAGGGAAUACUUUAAAGGGGAAUUUCCUCCUUAUCCAAAGCUAGGGGAUACCAGCAAUGACCCAAUCACCUUUAAUACCAACCUGAAGGGUUAUCCAGACAGGCCUGGGUGGCUGCGCUACAUCCAGCGAACGCCACACAGUGAUGGAGUCCUUUACGGCUCCCCCACUGCAGCGCACGCGGGCAAACCGACCAUUAUUGAGAUCACUGCCUAUAACAGACGCACUUUCGAAACAGCAAGGCACAAUUUGGUCAUUAACAUCAUGGGUACAGAAGAAUUCCCCUUGCCAUAUCAGGCAGAGUUUUACAUUAAAAACAUGAAUGUAGAGGAGAUGUUAGCCAGUGAGGUGCUGGGAGACUUCCUGGGUGCUGUGAAGAACGUCUGGCAGCCUGAAAGACUCAACGCCAUUAAUAUCACUUCAGCGUUGGACCGGGGUGGACGUGUGCCCCUGCCUAUCAACAACCUGAAAGAGGGUGUGUAUGUGAUGGUGGGAGCAGAUGUGCCGUUCUCAUCAUGCCUGCGUGAGGUGGAGAGUCCUCAGAACCAGCUGCGCUGCAGUCAGGAGAUGGAACCAGUCAUCAGCUGUGAUAAGAAGUUCAGAGCUCAAUUCCACAUUGACUGGUGCAAAAUCUCUUUGGUGGAUAUUACGAAAAUCAUCCCUGUGCACAACAGCCGUCCGGAACUGGGCACUGGAGUGCUGCCAGACAUCGGUGAAUACAACCCGCCUGAUGAGUCACUGAAAAGUAAAGACUAUUUCUCUGACUUCCUGAUCACACUGGCUGUGCCUUCUGCUGUUGCUCUGGUCCUCUUCGUCAUCCUGGGCUAUUCAAUGUGCUGUCGCCGAGAAGGAGUGCGAAAAAGAAACAUGCAAACGCCAGACAUCCAGUUGGUGCACCACAGCUCCAUUCAGAAGUCGACAAAGGAACUACGUAGCAUGUCGAAGAACAGGGAGAUCUCCUGGCCUCUCUCCACGCUGCCUGUGUUCAACCCUGUGAGUGGAGAAGUGGUGCCACCGAUCCACCCCGAAAACUACGAGACAACCAGCAUGCCACUCAUGCAGACCCAGACAAAUCUUCAAAAUCAAAUGCAGAUACCACAGCAGCAGCCUUCGGGUAAAUGGUAUUCCUGAAGAGAGGAAAGUGGCUGAAGCGCUGAAUUUGUGAGAUCUCUCGUAUCUUUCUGUACCUGUAAUUUGUGUUUCCACAUCGUGCCAAAUCUGCAUGUGCUAUAGCUCUGUGAUCGUGUGCAGCACCAGCGAGAGGUACUCCAAGCAGCAGCUGAAGCUCAUGAUGGCUACACUCACAUGACUAUUUAAAUAUCAGAAGGUAUUUUGAGGUAAUUGUCUUCUUAAAGGGACCAUUUAAAGUGACAAAACGGAAGCUUGAACAAGACCAUUGAAAACGUAACUUUUUUCUUCUCUUACUGUACUAAACGUUUUGAUAAAUUAAUAAACUUGUCAAAAGAA